AUUUGUAUGAUUGCUCAUGUAACUGCCAGAAAAAUGCCAACCCUUCACCGACAUGAAGAAGAGAAAUUCUUCAUAAAUGCUGAAGGCAGGAGAGAAUCUGUACCAAGUAUACAUGAUCCCCCUACAAGGGAACUGUCUGUUGUUGUGCCUUCAUACAAUGAGGAAGACCGGUUGCCUCUUAUGAUGGAUGAAGCUUUGGAUUAUCUAGAAAAAAGACAGAAACGAGAUCCUUCUUUCACUUACGAAGUAAUAGUGGUUGAUGAUGGUAGUAAAGAUCAAACGACGAAGGUUGCAAUGAAGUACAGCAAGAAAUAUGGAAGCGACAAAGUGCGAGUGCUUUCUUUGGUAAAAAAUCGAGGGAAAGGAGGAGCAGUCAGGAUGGGUGUCUUUAGUUCUCGGGGAAAAAAAAUUCUUAUGGCUGAUGCAGAUGGAGCUACAAAAUUUGAAGAUAUUGAAAAAGUAGAAGAAGGUUUAAAAAAUCUUCAGCCAUGGCCUGUGAGUAUAAAUUCUCAUAGUUUAGCUUAA